GGCCCCCCCCCCACCGCUUCGCCCCCGCCGCUAUAAAGUGAAGCGGCUGGCGUCGUGAAGCCAUCGUCGGUGGUUUUGUUUGUAGCGCUCGGACGUCGACGGGCACGACGGAGAGGCGCCAUGGAGCUGCCCGACCUGGGGAAGCACUGCAUGGAAGCGGCCUGCAAGCGUCUCGACUUCCUGCCGAUGCGCUGUGAUGCCUGCGAGCUCAUCUUCUGCAAGGACCACUUCUCCUACUCCCACCAUCGCUGUGCCUCUGCUUACCGCAAGGAUGUACAAGUGCCUGUGUGCCCGUUGUGUAACAAACCCGUCCCGGUGGGGAGGGGAGAGACUCCCGAUGUGAGGGUGGGGCAGCACAUGGACCAGGAGUGCCAGUCAACGCGAACCACCAAGAUCUACACCAACCGGUGCUCGCAAAAGGGCUGCGAACAGAAGGAGCUGGUGAAGGUGGUGUGCGACUCCUGUCAGAAUAACUUCUGUCUGAAGCACCGGCACCCAGCCGACCACGAGUGCAUAGCACGGCCAGGCGGCCUAUCCCGCGCUGGUACGGCAGCCGUUAUCAGGGCCGGCUCGAGUCAACGCAAAUCUGCCUCGAGCAAAGCAACUCCUACGCCAGGGAGAACGCACACCAGCCAACCCACCACACACGCCAGCCAGCCGCCCUUGCAUGCCAGCCAGCCCGCCGUGCAUGCUGGCAUCCCAAACCGAGGCCCUGCGAGGGACAGAGCUACACUGCCUGCUGCCACAGCACAAGCAAGCCUACAAGCUGGACUGACCGAAGAGGAAGCCCUGCAGUUGGCUUUACAAAUGUCACUGGCAGAGAAUACACCAGCCCCUCCACACAGCGAGGAUGAUGAAUUGGCUCGCGCUCUGCAAGCCAGCCGCCAGCAACAGGAGCUGGAGCAGCAGCAGCGGCAACAGGCAGCGGGAAGAUCUUCACGAGACAACAACUGUAGCCUGUGCUGAUUAACGACCCCGCAGGGAGCAGCUGCUGUUGGACUGUUGAAGGAUGCACAUCUGGAGAGCAACUUGACUUAUUUUUCAUUCGAUUCUUAAACCAUCUCGCACAAUAUUGGGUGACUUGUCUAAAUCUAGCAUUGAGUUAGGGCAGUGCAGCGGUAAUUCUCCAUUACUUAAGAAGUGCGGCAUGAUUUAUCUUUCUGUGUACUCUUCAGAGCGUUGACGUAACAUUUGAUAAACGCUCUUUGUAAACUGAACUGCCCCAUGCCACGUUAUGUGUUUUUUUUUUUUAGUAACGCGUUGCUCGAGGUUGUAUCCUGAAAUAGGAGGAAACCUGAGCUUCUUUGUCCAAGAUUUGGGCAAUGCCGAUGAUGGCUUAUUUUGAGCUGCUGUCGCUUGUCCGAGCGUUCGGCAGCGCUCUCGUUUCCAUCUCAGGGUUUGGACGGCGGCACCUCUCGUCAGCUCAGGGCUUGCUGCAGUAAAUGUUGUUCCAGAAAUCGAGGGGCACAUCCCUGGUUACACCAAUUGGACAUUGUUUGUAGAGACCGACAGUGUGCGCCAUCAUCAGCUGGGAUUUGCUAACUGCUGGAUGGAAGGCCUCUCCAAGCUAUUGGCGUUUCACACCGUCACGCGAUACAACAUCCAUCGCGUGCCUGCCCACAAGCUGCUUACAUUGAUUUAUCUCUACAAAUGGAGGUUGUCCACUUGGGCACUUUUGCUCCUUCAGCCAUCUUCCCGGUUCGAUUUAAAGAUUUCGUGACUGCAGGGAUUCAUAUUCUUGGUUCUUUCGGUAAAGUCACAUAGAAGGGAAAAAAUAAAACAAUAAAAUUCUCACGACGUUUCGAUUGCAACACAA